AUGUCUAGUUCAAUUUGUUUUACAGGUUUGGCCAUUUCCCUAGUAGGGUUCAUGGCAAUUGUGGCACCCCCAGUCGAGGGUGCCCGUGCUUUCUUCGUAUUUGGCGACUCACUUGUGGAUAAUGGCAAUAACAACUACUUGGCAACCACUGCACGGGCAGACUCUCCUCCUUAUGGCAUUGAUUACCCGACUCACCGUCCCACCGGCCGGUUUUCAAAUGGUUUCAACAUUCCUGAUCUCAUCAGUCAAAAGCUUGGUGCUGAAUCUGCAUUGCCAUACUUGAGCCCACAGUUUACAGGAGAAAAACUACUGGUUGGAGCAAACUUUGCCUCUGCUGGAAUUGGCAUUCUUAAUGACACUGGAAUUCAGUUCGCAAACAUAAUAAGAAUCUAUCCGCAAUUGGAAUUCUUCCGACAGUACCAGCAACGAGUUGCUGCACUCAUAGGAGAAGAAAAGGCACAGCAACUCGUAAACAAGGCGCUCGUUCUGAUAACACUUGGUGGGAAUGAUUUCGUGAACAACUACUUCUUUACUCCAAUUACUGCUAGAAGACUUCAGAGCACAAAUGGCCAAUGCGCCGAGGAGCCUCAACGUGCAGCAGCAAUUUUCAACCCCCUUCUUAUCCAAAUGAUUCGAAGCCUAAAUCAAGAGCUUGGAUCAGACAUAUUUAUUGCUGCUAACGCAGUACAAAUGCAGAACAACUUCAUCGACAAUCCUCGAGCCUUCGGUUUUGUCACAGCAAAGAUAGCAUGUUGUGGACAAGGACCCUAUAACGGCGUAGGAAUUUGCAACCCUACAUCAAAUUUAUGCCCAAAUAGAGAAGUAUACGCAUUUUGGGAUCCAUUCCAUCCAACAGAAAGAGCAAACAAGAUUAUUGUUUCAACGAUCUUCACUGGUUCGGACGAGUACAUGACCCCAAUGAACUUAAGCACCAUCAUGCAACUGGAUUCCAUGACAUAA